AUGAAGUAUGGUAGUUUAAAGUCAGAAACCUUUUAUAAAAACUGUGAUAGAAAAGGGUCUACUAUAGUAAUUAUUAAAUUAUUUGAUAGUGAUUUAAUAGGUAAUUAUAAUCCAUUAGAUUGGAAAGUAAAUAUUAAAGCAGAAUCUGAAGGGAUAGCUAUUCGUUGUAGAACUGCAUAUAGACCAAUAUUUGGAAGAACUAAUUUGUGUAUUCAG